AUGUGUCUGUCCUUGUACACAGGACUCAAGUGUGGAAUUCGUGCAGCUGAUUGGAAGAGUGAGAAGCCUACUGUGGAAUCCAGGUUCUUCUCCAGAAUUAGUUGGAGAAAUUCAACAGUUGGUGGACAACCCUGGCAGGUCUCCCUAAAAUUGGGUGAGCGCCACAUCUGUGGAGGAAGUUUGAUUGAAGAUGAUAGGAUUGUCACGGCAGCACACUGCCUGAGUAGUCUUGAUGGGAAGCAACUGAAGAAUCUAACUGUGACAGCUGGGGAGUACAACCUGCUUCAGAAAGAAAAGCAAGAGCAGAAUAUUCCAGUCUUAAAAAUUGUUAUUCACCCUGAAUUCAACAGGCUUGGAUAUAUGAGUUUUGAUAUUGCACUGCUAUAUCUAAAACACAAAGUCAAGUUUGGAAUUGCUGUUCAGCCAAUCUGUCUUCCACACAGAGAUGAUCAAUUUGAAGCAGGAAUUCUUUGCAUGGCCAGUGGAUGGGGCAAGAUUACAGAGAAUUCUGAGUAUUCAAAUGUCUUACAAGAAAGGGAACUUUCCAUCAUGGAUGACAGAAUGUGUAAUUCUGUGCUGAAGAGUAUGAACCUUCCUCCUCUGGGAAGGACCCUGCUGUGUGCCAGUUUUCCUGAGCAGGGAAAGGAUGCCUGCCAGGGAGACACUGGAGGCCCACUGGCUUGUAGAAGACCUGGUGGAAUCUGGACUCUGGCUGGGAUAACUUCCUGGGUAGCUGGUUGUGAAAGAGGUUCGGCUUCUCCAAAAAAUUACCACACAAGUGCAUUACCUGGCAUUUUUUCCAAGGUGUUUGAGUUGAUGGAUUUUAUCACUCAAAACAUGAUCACAGAAAAUAAUCCACUUCUUUUACAUUUUCUUAAAGCUUGUAAACCUCAGGGAAUAGUAUUAUUUGGAGAGAGUGGGGAGAUUCAAUACCCCUAUUCCAAAGAAGACAACUAUUCUCAUAAUAGUUUAUGUGUCUGGAAAAUAAUGGUACCAGAAGAUAAAAUUAUCCUGAUAAAAUUUACAAGCCUAGAUAUAGAAAAUGGAGCUGGAUGUGAUCAUGACUACAUAUCUUUACAAUCAAGUGAUGAAGCAAUUAUUAGUAAGGUCUGUGGAGAUAUCUUGCCCUCACCCUUGCUGAUGAAGACAAACCAGGCCAUAGUUACAUUUGUUUCUGAUGCAGAAAACAGUGGCAGUGGCUUUGAACUUUGCUUUUCUGCUGUACAGAACUCAGGAACAGGUUCAGGUUGUGAGAGUGUGGCUGUAUUGGUAGAGGAAGGGACAAUUCAGUCUGCUAACUAUCCUCGCUUGCCCAAUAAUGUAGUAUUAUGGUUUAUUCAUGCUCCAGAGAAACACAUCAUAAAAUUGACAUUUGAGGACUUUAAAGUUGAAUUUAACCAAAAUUGUAUUUAUGAUUCCAUUGUGAUUUAUGAUGAUCCUGAAGAAAAACACAAGUUAGUUAUAACUUUUACAACUAAACUUUGUGGAAUCUUGAAAUCCAUUUCAAUAUUCAGUUUUGGUAACAUGAUGGUCAUGUAUUUCAAAAGUGAUGGUGAAAAUAAUUUCCAAGGCUUCAAGGUUAGAAACACCUUUUUGCUUUCAGAGUCCUUAAACAAAAAUGGACUGACAACACUUCUCAAAACCAAUACUAUAUUUACUGGAAAAGCCAUUCCAUAUGAUAUCUGUGGCAUCCCUCCAUUUAGUCCCCAGUGGCUUUCCAGAAGAAUCGCAGCGGGGGAAGAAGCCUGUCCCCACUGUUGGCCCUGGCAGGUGGGUUUGAGGUUUUUAGGUGAUCACCAAUGUGGAGGUGCCAUCAUCGAUCCAGUUUGGAUUCUUACUGCAGCCCACUGUGUACAACCAAAAGGUGAUCCACGCUCUUGGACUGUUGUUGCUGGGGACCAUGAUAGAACCCUAAAGGAAUCAACUGAGCAGGUGAGAAGGACCAAACACAUCAUAGUGCAUGAAGACUUUGAUAUAGUAACCUAUGACUCUGAUAUUGCUCUAAUACAAUUGAGCUCUCCUCUGGAAUACAACUCAGUGGUGAGACCAGUAUGUCUCCCACAUAGCAUGGAACCUCUGUUUUCCUCUGAGAUCUGUACUGUGACUGGAUGGGGAAGCACUAGUGAAGACGGUGGCCUAGCCAGUCGCUUACAGCAGAUUCAAGUGCCUGUGUUAGAAAGAGCGGUCUGCGAACGCGUUUACUAUUCUGCUCAUCCAGGAGGGAUCACAGACAGGAUGAUCUGUGCUGGCUCUGCUGUAUCUGGAAGGAAAGAUUUCUGCCAGGGAGACUCUGGUGGGCCAUUAGUAUGUAGACAUGAAAAUAGCCCCUUUGUCCUCUAUGGCAUCGUCAGUUGGGGAGCUGGCUGCAUCCAGCCAUGGAAGCCAGGUGUAUUUGCCAGGGUAAGGGUCUUCUUGGACUGGAUCCAAUCCAAAAUCAAGGGUAUUACUUCACUUCAAACAAAAAAUAAAAGCAAAACCUUAAGAAAACAAUUGCCAACAUCCACACUUCCAACAGACAGUGCCUCUGGGUCAGCUUCUGAAGUAAAGCUAGAAGAGCUCAGAGCCUUUUUUUCAACUCCAAGAUAUCCACUGCAUUAUAGAAGAAAUCUGGAAAGUCCCUAGGUGCUCAGAGUGGCACCAAAGAGUAUGAUAAAGUUUCCUGUUGUGUGUCUAUCAUUCCUUGGAUUCAUAUGUAGAGAUUCAGUUCUGAUUAUUUAUGAAACCAUGUUGAGAGAAAGAUAGCAAGUAAUCCUUCCUGGCAUUCAAACUCUGUACAAGAAGCUUUUUCUGUGUAGGCAGCUUAUGAUCAAGAGUGAGUUUUGACUUGGGGAAUAAUACCACAUCUACAUUAAUUCAUGUAAAAUAGGAGUACUUUUUUCUUCUAAAUACCCUUAUUUUUUUUCCAAAAUGUGAAUUUACAAAGAGGAAGGGGAGAGAUAGAGACAGAUGCCAAACUUCUUCAACACACCAGGACCCUGCCAGAAGAGAAUAUAUAGUGGAAGAGAAGUUCAAAAGACGUUUAAAAAAAAAAAAA